UCCAAUUAUACCGACUCCGCUCAGCCGCCUCUCUCCGUUAAGACAACGAUGACACACCGGAAAGCAGCUGGGGUCAAACCAGCCCACAGCGGCGGCGGCGCAAUCAAAUACUAAGCCCCCGUCUCCCUCCGGUUCGAGUUACAGAAACGCUCCGCUCGCUGAAAUUUUUCGAAAUUAAACCCUAAAGUCUGUAACUCCAAAGUUUCAUUACCAGAAUUGCAGUUUUUCAAUUCCAAUAAACAUACCAAACGUUUUCAAACUCAAUUCUUCUUCCCCUAUAUCCAACCUCCGUACUCCCCAGUUUUCUCUCGGAAACCAAAAUAAAAAUCCCCUAAUUCAACCCUUCUCUGAACCUUUACACUCAGAAUUUCCACUAACAAUAGCGGCGAAAUCACUAAAAACAUCUACUUUGAAGCUAAUUCAACUCAACCUGAUCCAUCCUAACAGAGGAUAUCUCUUGUUUCCCCUGCUUUUCAUUUGUUUCAGAGGCGACGAAAUGAAUGACCGAUGUGUUUAAACACCCAAUUGCUCCUCAUCUCUCUUAUUGCAAGGCCAUUUCUAAGCUCAAAACUUGUUCCUCCUCGUUUUUUAAUGGAAUUCCUUCUGCUGAUAUGAUUGUGAUUAAGAGUGUUUGUACUUCGUGGGGCGCUUCAAUUUCUUAGAAUAAUAAGAAAUUUAUGGUAAUAAGCUCUGUUCAAGAAUGGGUUUUCGUUAAAUUGUGGAUUGAAAAGUCAAAUUCAACUUCCUCAUUUUUCAUGUAGUCUUUAUAUUAUAUUAUAAUUUUAUAAGGCUCCAAUUCAACACUCUGUAUUUCUCGAGAUUGCUGCUGAUAACUCCAACUUUAACUCUAAACCCAUUCCAUUUCAUUCACUCUGUUUUGCGAUUGGAACUACAUUUAACGCCGUCCUUUCUAAACUACCACCCAUGGCCGGUACUAACCCUUCCGGCACUGUUCAAGAUGUAGCUUCUAAAGGGGAAGUCCCUGAAAGAUACAUCCAUAAAGAAAGCGAUCGAGGAGCUCGAAAUGCUCCGCUAAUGGCAGCUCCGGUAAUCGACAUCGCUCUCCUCUCCUCUUCAUCCAAAUCUGGACCGGAACUGGAGAAACUCCGACAUGGACUUCAAUCAUGGGGCUGCUUUCAGGCUAUAAAUCAUGGAAUGACAAGUGAAUAUCUGGAUGAAGUUCGUCGACUAACGAAACAAUUCUUUGGUCUUUCAAUGGAAGAGAAAUUAAAAUACUUGAAAGAAGAACUUGAAAUGGAAGGAUAUGGGAACGACAUGAUUCUUUCAAACCAACAAAUUCUUGAUUGGACUGAUCGUUUAUACCUUACUGUAUAUCCACACCAAAGCCGUCGUUUCAAGUAUUGGCCAACAAAUCUUCAAAGAUUUAGGGAAGUUAUUGAUGAGUACACUACUAAUGUGAAGCUGAUAAGUGAGAAAAUCUUCAAGGCCAUGGCAAGAUCAUUGGAUUUAGAUGAGAGUAGUUUUCUUAAGCAAUACGGCGAGCAAAUUAAACUCGACGCACGGUUCAACUUCUACCCUCGAUGUCGAAAUCCCGAUCUUGUUCUCGGUGUUAAGCCGCACGCCGAUGGAUCGGCAAUCACCAUUUUGUUGCAGGAUAAGGAAGUAGAAGGUCUUCAGUUCAUGAAAGAUAAUGAGUGGUUCAAUGCUCCGAUUGUUCCGGACGCUCUUCUCGUCAAUGUGGGGGAUCAAGUAGAGAUCACAAGUAAUGGGAUAUUCAAGAGUCCAGUUCAUAGAGUAUUGACAAAUUCAGAGAGGGAGAGGAUAUCGUUGGCAGUGUUUUACCUGCCAGACGCAGAAAAAGAAAUUGAACCAUUAGAGGAGCUGAUUAGUGAAACUCAGCCAAGGUUGUAUAAGAGUGUGAAGAACUUUGUUGGGCUUUCCUUUGAAUACUACCAACAGGGACAGAGACCAAUGGAGGCUGCAAGAAUCUAAAUUUGUUGUAUGGUAUUUCUCUACCUCUACCUCAGUUUUUUUUAGGCAAUGGUAUUGAAUAAUAAAGGGAGGUUGCGCAUCAGAUAGUCCAAUUCCAUAAUUAUUAAUCGAACCAGAAACCGCAUCUCAAACAACACAUUAAUUUUGUCUCCAAAGCUCCAUUUCUAAAUUUAUUUUGAUUUUGAUUGAUCCAGCAAGGGCUUUCUGCAUACUGAAUUGAUUGAAA